AUGUACCCCCAGGAUCCAGGCGGCGAUUGGCCGGGCAAAGACGUCCGUCCGCCUGUUUCAUCACCCAGAUCCCGGAUGCACGUCCACAUUUCCCACUUUGGCCCACACAUCACACCCGCCCGUGGCCGCAGCGUCCCCGAGAUCGCGACCCUAUCGCACCCACAUCAAACGGGUUGCCCUACUUCCCGAUUCUCGCGCCUCGUCUCCGCGAUGCUUAUUAUAUGUCUCGAUCACGGAGGCGGCACCAAAUGGAAGCCCACUGCGCUGGCUCGCCCAUAUCCAGCAAAGCGCGUCGCUAAGGUCGGCAUGUCCCCUAGUGCGACACACGUCAUGCUCGAAUGCCCACUUGGCGUGUUGUCCGGGCUCCUCGACAAGUUCCCAAAUCAUCCCACUCGCGUACACCACGCGUUUGGUGCUCUGAUCCCAUCUGAGAUUGCCUACGUACACUAUUCUCGACCGCUCGUCUGUCGAGGAAAUCCGAGUCUGCCCUUUGCGCCCUUGCCGACGACAAUCAGUCCCGAUGACCUAACCCACGCGUAG